GCGCAUACAUUCAACAAAUCAUACAAACAUAACAAACACACGCUUUCAUUGCAAACACGUUGUGACCGCAGUUGACAUUAAAGUGGUCACUAAUUGGUCUCACAAUGCGUCCCCUAACCGAUGAUGAAACUGUUGUACUUUUUGAAAAACUCACCAAAUAUAUUGGAGAUAACGUACGACUACUUAUCUCCCGACCCGACGGUGUCUACUGUUUUCGUCUACACUCUGAUCGGGUAUUUUACUGUUCAGAAAAUAUGAUAAAAUUAGCCUCAAAUGUGGGUCGCGAUAAUCUGGUCUCAUUUGGCACCUGUUUCGGCAAAUUCAAUAAAAACAAAAAAUUUCGUUUACAUGUGACGGCACUUGACUUUAUCGCACCGUAUGCUAAGAAUAAAGUAUGGCUUAAACCAAAUGCUGAACAACAGUUUCUUUACGGUAAUCACGUAUUGAAGUCUGGUUUGGGAAGAAUUACCGAAAGCACCGGACAAUAUCAGGGCGUUAUUGUCUACUCCAUGAAUGAUCUACCGCUUGGUUUCGGUGCGACCGCUAAAUCUGCACUCGACUCUCGUAAUGCCGAUCCUAUGACUAUAGUUGUGUUUCAUCAGUCAGACAUUGGAGAGUAUCUACGAAAUGAAGAUCAUCUCGUAUAAUGUGGUCAUCAAUGCAUUCAUUUUAUUAAAAAACAAUUUUAUUUAAUAAAUUUUAAUAUACAAUACAAAUUAAGUGAUCAAUUUUAUAUUUAGCAUUUAAAGAAAUUAAAAUAUAUAAAGUAUAUGG